GUCAGUUCAAUGACCCACUUAUUAUUCAGUUUUGGUAAAGGGCUGCUGAAUUAAAGGUAAGUAAACUAUUGGUAUGGGGCAACGUGUGUCUAGAACUGACUUUGAGUGGAGUUAUACCGAGGAACCUCAUGCAAGCCGUCGAAAAAAGAUACUUGAAAUCAACUUUUGCUUUUCAGAAAAGUAUCCCCAAAUCAAGAAAUUGUUUGGCUAUGAUCCAAAAUUCAAGUGGAUUGUAACCUGCAUGGUGUUAGUGCAAUAUGCAUCAAUGUAUAUUGUAAAAGACUUGAACUAUUCAGUGCUGUUUAUAUUAGCUUAUUGCUUUGGUGGUCCAAUUAAUCACUCGCUAAUGCUUGCUGUUCACGAAAUUUCUCACAACCUUGCAUUUGGGCACUCAAGACCACUAGCAAAUAAGUUAUUUGGAUUUUUUGCUAAUUUACCUAUUUGCAUUCCCAUGUCAAUCAGUUUUAAAAAAUAUCAUCUUGAACACCAUAAGUAUCAAGGAGAUGAAAAAUUGGAUACAGAUUUACCAACAUUGUUGGAAGCUAAAUUGUUUUGUAACACAUUUGGCAAAUUAUGCUGGGUGAUUCUCCAGCCAUUGUUUUAUUCCAUCAGACCAUUAGUAACAUAUCCCAAGCCUCCGACAUUCCUUGAAUUCAUUAAUUUAUUAAUUCAGCUUGCUUUUGAUGCAUACGUAUGGUAUUAUUUUGGUGGAAAAGUUUUAGUUUAUUUUAUGGUCGGCGCUUUGUUGGCUAUGGGACUACAUCCUGUUGCAGGUCACUUUAUUUCUGAACAUUAUAUGUACAAAAAAGGAUAUGAAACAUAUAGUUAUUAUGGGCCUUUGAAUUACAUAACAUUCAAUGUUGGAUAUCAUAAUGAACACCAUGACUUCCCUGCAGUACCAGGUUCUAGACUUCCUGAAGUUAAAAGAAUUGCUUCCGAAUUUUAUAAUGAUUUACCACAACACCAUUCUUGGAUAUCCGUCAUUUGGGACUUCAUUUUGGAUCCUGAAAUUGGUCCAUAUGCUCGUGUGAAACGCCUGAAUCGAGGACUAUCUACAUAAGUUUUUUUACUGUUACAUGAAAAUUAAUAAAAGUGAUGGAGUUGUACAAAAAAAAAAUGCUGGAGGGGUUGGUACUUACAUGCUUGAUUUUAGAUGACUAAAGUAUUCACACCUUUCAGUCGGUAGCUAAGAUGUAUUUACAUGUAACUGACCAAAUAAAUUACUUUUU